UUAACCUGCAAAGAAUUUGAAUGUGUUAGCACUUGGCAGUUUACAGCAUGAACAAGCACCAUUAUCCACAAAACAACAGUCAUCCAUUCAUGAAGAAGAUUUGCAUGUCUGAACUUCUCGGAGGCGACACGCUAAACCAGCUUUUACCAUUGAGGAGGCAAGAGACAGAGAGAUUCUUGAGGUUAUUGCUUAAGAGAGGGAUGGCUGGUGAAGCUGUUGAUGUUGGAGGAGAACUCUUGAAGCUUUCGAAUAACGUUAUCUCGAGGAUGAUCAUGAGCAAGACCCAUAUGGAAAAUGAUGGUGAGGCUGAGGAGGUACGGAAGCUGGUGCAGGACACGGCAGAACUUACCGGGAAGUUUAAUGCUUCGGAUUUCAUUUGGUUCCUCAAGAACUGGGACUUGCAAGGUAUCAGAAAAAGGGUUGAGGAGAUUCGGAACAGGUUUGAUUCCUUGAUGGAGAGAGUGAUCAAGGAACAUCAAGAGGAAAGGAUGAAGAGGAAGAAGGAAGGAGAAGAUGGUGAAAUCAAAGACCUACUUGAUAUAUUAUUGGACAUACAUGAAGAUGAUAACUCUGAGAUACGUUUGACUAAAGAGAACAUCAAGGCCUUCAUCUUGGACAUAUUUAUAGCAGGAACAGACACUUCAGCAUUAACUAUAGAAUGGGGUCUAGCUGAGUUGAUAAAUCAUCCUCAAGUGAUGGAGAGGGCAAGACAAGAGAUUAAAACUGUGGUUGGAAAUAAUAGGAUAGCAGAAGAAUCAGACAUUGUCAACCUUCCUUAUCUUCAAGCAAUACUCAAAGAAACACUGAGAAUUCACCCAACAGGUCCAAUGAAAGUUAGAGAGUUUGUUAUAGCCUUUAGUCUCAUUGACCACAACGGAAAUAGAAGGCCAUCUGCAUGUCCACACACAUAAGAUCUCAAGCAAUAACGUCAAUUUGGGAAAAAUAUUCAGAAUCAGUCUCCAAAAAUUACUACAGCUGUAAAUAUGAUCCAAAAGCAAUAACAUGAAAUCAGUGAUCCAAGUAAAUAUUAGAAUCAUCGAUCAACAAGGGGAUUAUUCAAAUCAACUACAAAGUUCUGUGCCAUCAUCUUGGUAUUGGAUAUAGACAGAGGAUUUGGGUUGAAAUUCAGACGAGGGUUGAAAUUUGGAAGGAUUUGGUUUUGAAACUAAGAGAAACUAAGUUACUAAGGCACUUCGGAAAAAAAA